AUGGCGCACUUAGUAGAGAACGGAGUAGCAAAUGAUGGGAGCUGGUCACUCACAGUACUUAUUACUGACAUGAAUAUCCAGAGAAAUCUGUUUGUAACUGGUGGUCUCCACAUUGGCGGUUUAAUGCUCAAAUUGGUCGAUGAAAUUGAUAUCACUCGCGAUUGGAGUGAUCAUGCGCUGUGGUGGCCUGAAAAAAGACGGUGGUUGACACAUACCAGAAGUACCUUAGAUCAAGUUGGGAUCACAGCUGAUACAAAUCUUGAAUUUACUCCCCAACAUAAAUUAGCUCGAGUGCAGCUUCCCGAUCUUCAAAUGAUUGAUGCAAGACUUGAUUUUUCUGUAAACGUUGUCCGUGCCGUUCAACAAUUAUGCAGGGAAAUAGGCAUCAGAUACUCUGAGGAACUGUCAUUCAAGCGCUUUAUUCCUCCUGAAAUUUUACGAAAAAAUCUCGCCUAUGAAGUUGAUCAGAGUGGUUUGCAGCCAAUACGACCUGGAGAGGAGUCUGUUGGUCCGGGUACUCUUCGUAGGCAGACUCCGAUUAGUGCCUCUGCUUCAAACUUAGCUGGGCCACUGCGUCGUGGUACAAGUCCUUUACCUUCUAAUGGAGGACAAAUGUUUAAUGCCAGUGAGUUGGGCACACUACCCAGGGCGGGUACAUUACCACGCGGGGUCAGUCCAGGACCUGGAGCAUAUAACUCUACAAUUGGUAGAAGCCCAAUUAUGCCAUCAGUAUCAUUUUGUGAGGGCCUAGAAAAUGAGCAAUACGAUCUAGCUUUGGUGCAUUCGCCGCAUAUUGUUCCGAAUAAAGAGAUGACUGUGUUUCGUCCUCAGAAUUUCAUAGAAAAAGCGGCUUUAAAUCGCGGAUGGCUUGACUCUUCAAGGUCAUUGAUGGAACAGGGUGUUUUUGAAGGAGAUAUUGUGUUAUUACGCUUCAAAUUUAUGAGCUUUUUCGAUGUCAAUCCUAAGUACGACCUUGUCCGCAUUAACCAGCUGUAUGAACAAGCUAAAUGGUCAAUUUUACUAGAGGAAUUUGAUCACACUGAGGAGGAAGCUAUGCUAUUCGCAGCUCUCCAGUUGCAAGCGAAUCUCCAACGAAAUGUUAUGGAGACUGAAAAUCAAGAGAAAGGAGACGUUGAGGUCUUGUUAGAUGAACUGGAGCAGAAUCUUGACGCAGCAGCGUUAAGCAACAGAGCAGACUUGACGCAAGUUCCCGAAUUAGCUGAUUAUUUGAAAUAUAUGAAGCCUAAGAAGUAUGCUGCUUUCAAGGGCUUCAAACGGGCUUACUUUUCUUUCCGGGAUCUUUAUUUAAGCUGGAAUCAGAAUUCAAAUGAUUUUAACAGUCCUCCACUUGGGCAUAUCUGCCUUAAAGGUUGUGAAGUACUUCCAGAUGUUUCGGUUGCACAAGGGAAGUUCCACAUUAAACUUUUGAUCCCAAGUGCUGAAGGAAUGAAUGAAUUGAUAUUGAAGUGUGAUACGGAACAUCAGUAUGCCAGGUGGAUGGCGGCAUUUAGACUGGCAUCAAGAGGCAGAUCGAUGGCUGACGCAACAUACCAGUCUGAAGUUGAUUCGAUCAAAAAAUUGCUUGCAAUGCAGUCUGGAGGCAAAACUUCGCAGCUUGACAAUUCUAGGAAAGCUCCUCCUGUACAACUUCCACCUGAUUUCAACGUUGAUGAGUUUGUUGCGCAGCGGUAUGUGCGUCGCGCAAGAACGAAACAAGCGCUUCAACAGAGGAUAGCAGAUGCGCAUGCAAAUGUCCGUACCUUGUCAGGAACAGAAGCGAAGUUACAGUAUAUUCGAGCAUGGGAAGCUUUACCAGAACAUGGAAUUCAUUAUUUUGUUGUUCGAUUUAGGAACGGUCGGCGGCCAGAAUUGCUUGGUGUGGCACUCAACCGCAUUAUGCGUUUAAAUAUUGACACUGGAGAGGGCUUGAAGACCUGGCGAUUUAGCAAUAUGAAAAAGUGGCAUGUCAAUUGGGAAAUCAGACAUUUGAAGGUACAGUUCGAAGAAGAAGACAUAGAGUUCAAGCCUUUAUCAGCAGAUUGUAAGGUUGUACAUGAAUUUAUUGGUGGUUACAUUUUCCUCUCUCUGCGAAAUAAAGAGCAGAACCAAACUUUAAAUGAAGAAUUAUUCCACAAAUUGACUGGAGGAUGGGCUUAA